UAGGUAGUUGAAAGUGACGGCCGGUCAUGGUCUGGGAUCUAGAAACUGCAAUUUAUUUUUAAGGCCGUUCAGGAAGAAGGGUUAUAUCCCGCUCACCACUUAUAGAGGACUCACAAGAUUAGGGACUAUGUGGAUAUCAAGGUGAACAGAGCCGUCCACAAGGGUAUGCCCCACAAGUUCUACCAUGGCCACACUGGUCGUGUCUGGAACGUCACCAAGUGCACCAUUGGCGUUGAGGUCAACAAGCAAGAACAAGGAAUAUCAGUUCUUGACAAUGCAAUUGUAGUUUGUACCCAAGCAAUAGAACAACACAAGGGGAAACUUACUGUGAAGGAGGCAUCCAGAGCCGUGAGUGAACGGGAUGAUAAAUUACUUGCUGAGCACAUGGCUAAAUUACAAAAUGCAAAUGAGGAGGUGAGUGGUGACGAGGACAGCGAGGAAGAGGAAGACACGGGAAUGGGGAAGUUGAUAUGGAGAACGCCGGUAGUGGGAUUACAGAGUGAAAAUGCGGCACAGAUACUGACAAUUAUAUUUUUUUGAGCUAUUUUGAUUCAUAUGUUCAGUGUAUCUGGCAAAUUGUAGCUGAAAUUUGCUGCUUCUUAUUGUGUCUAAAUGUUCACUUAUUAAGUUAUGAACUCAGGGUAAUUUUCUUCUAUAAUUAAAAACAGUGCCAUC